GUACAAUUUGACAAUAGUUAGACUUAAAAUCAACCAACCAAAACAACCGUAUGUCAGCAUAACCUAUUCAUAUUCAAUAAAAAAUCUCUAUUUUAAUUUAUCGAUAUAAUAUGUUUUUAACCAAUGUUUUGCUAAAAAAAGCAAAAAGCAAACAUAUAAUGGUUCUCAUGGAAAGUGUUGUUUCGGGACAUAAAUUUAGCGCUGUAAGAGAGCGACUAGCAGAUAAAUUGGAACUGCUACGGUAUGAUCCAUACAUCCAACACGAAAGUUUAUACAAGGAAAGGAAGAAGAUAAAGAGUAUUAAGAAGUAAAAUAAAAUGUAGGAUAAAAUAUGUAGUAAUAAUGUACAAAUUUAUUAUUUCAAUAGUUUAUUUAGUUACUGUAUUUUAAAACAAUAAACAAGUCUUUGGAAUAAUUGUUUUAUUUCUAUUAAAUCCAUUGCAAGUCGUAGGGUUGCCAACUAUUUAAAGUGCCACAUUUUAUUAGGUUUUCUUUAACUUUACAAUAAAUUUAAUAUUUUAAAUAAUCAUGAUUGCUUAAAAUGUAAUUGAAGGAUGUUUUUCUAUUUUUGUUCAUAUCGAUCAAUGGUGCUGGCAACACUAUUCACAUAAUAAACAUAAAUUGUUUAUUAUAAUAGGGAUACCUUAAUUAUUUUCAUGGAUGUCAUGAUAAAGUUUAAAUAAUACGAAAAUUGCUACAGUACUUAGGAUUAAAAAUGGAAAUCCUUACAAUGUUUAAAACAUAGAAUAAUCCAAACCUUAUAAUAUAAUUAUGGUGAUUAUUAAAAUUGUUAUUAUAAAUAAUUUUGAAUUCACUAUAAUAUACUUUAAGUUUAAUUUAGAACAUGUCUACAUAAUAAAUACCCUAUUCUUACUUUUAAUUAUUUCAUUAAAAUCAAGGUGCAUUGUAGAAAUAAAGUGUGAUUUCAAAUUACAUGAUAAUAAUACAUUAUUAUAAUUAGUAUAAUUUUUUAAUACUAGCAAUAAAUGCUAAACUAUUAAAACAACAUUCGUAUUGCAUCCAAAUAUAAAUUAUAGGCCAAAAAUAUGAAAUAAUAAUAAUUUAAUACAUAUUAUUGGAAAACAGUCAAAAUUUUAAAUACCAAUGAAUAUAAUAUGAAUAAAAGAACACUUAAAGCUAUUCUCACUAUUUCCUAUUUGAUAUAACUUUACAAUUACAAUAACAAGUUAUCAAUGUUUUAAAUUACUUUAAGUUAACAACAUUAUGUUAAGAUGUGGUCAUACUGGCUCAGAAUUAAAUUGACUAGAAUAAGCAAAAUACAAGCUUAAUAUUUAUGUACUUUGUUGAAACAAACUGAUUCUUAAGUACAAUUAAUGUCCAAGAAAGCAAAAAAAUACUUAGAUUUUAUAUCUAUAUCAUUGGGUUUGCAUGAACUGUAAAUUUAUUUCGAAUUAUAUAAGCGUAAUUCCAAUAAAAUAAAUGACAUUUUUAAAUUAAUCAAUUCCCGUAAGUAAGUUGCUUAUGUAUGAAUGUUAGGGCUGUAAAAAAAGCCUCAAAAAUCUGCUAACUCAAAGAUCAACACAUAUUUUUUUAUUUAAUGGCUUGGUUACGAGACCUUUAAGCCAAUAAAAGAUCAAUACAAAUAUUUUUAUUCUCCAACUCAUUACUAAUACUAGUUUUUUUUUAAUAGAUAUUUCUUUAAAUGUAUUUCUAUACGGAUUGUAGUUUAUUCUUAAGACAUUAUAUGUAACAGCCCUAACUGAAAGGUAAUUUUUUAUAUUAUAGUUGUGUACAAAACGCAGACCCAAUGUUCUUAAAAUAAAAGACCUUACAUAAUAUUAUAAACACGUUAUUUAUAAUUAAUCCUAAAACAGAAUAAGCAAGUGUCAUAGUUUUAUAGUUGGUCCUCUAAUGACAAUAGAUUAUGAGUGGAAUGAAACAUAUCUAAUUUAUAGUAAUAGUGAUGAAAUAUGAACAAUUUAUAACUAAGAUAACAAUUUAUAGUGUUAAGGAAAACAAUCAAAUAUAUUUAAAAGUGCGUUACCCGUAAGUACCUUCAUCUUGUAUUUUGAAAAUAUAUUCACUAAAGGAGUAGUUUUUUUUUUUAUCUAGCAACAAUUAUCCAGUUCCUAAUAUAUGAAUUAUUUAUCUUCCUAUAUUUUUGUUUAUUCUACGUAAUGAAAAAUCCUAGCUACAAUAAAACGAAUAUAGUGAUUAAAAAACACUCUUAGAGGCUGUCAAUGACUUGUCACACGAGUUUGAGGUUUUUUCUACCCCUUUCCUGUCCUUGUCACAGGCUGUCACAUUUUCAGUAGCCCAUGAUGUGACGUCACACAUUUUCAAUUUCAAGCAGUUAUUUCAAAAAAAUCUUAGCGAAAAUGAAGUUUUGGUUGUUAUAUCAAGUUCGCUAAUUUUAAGUGUUGUCACUUUUAAAAUCUUACCAUGUUACAAAAGUCCCCCCCCCCUGCUCCCCGGCUAUUGUCACACUAUGUCACAUUUCGGUGACACCCCACCCCCCUAACAUGUGACGUAAUUUAUGGAUGAGCUUAUAUGUUUUUCUAAGACUUAGAUAAGUAAAUAAACUAUGAAUGGUACAAAGUUAUCAAACAUGAUUCACUAAUCUCUAAUUAUAGUUUUUAACACAUUAUAGGUUUAUCUAGGAGACAUUCAUUUAAUUCAUGAAUUAUUACAAUCAAAUUUUAAUAUUUUAUAAAAUAUUCGACGUAAUAUAGAAUAUAUUAUCUCUACUAAUAAAAUUUCAAAUGAUUUAAUAAAAUAUAAUCUUAUAUCAUAAUAAUUAAAUUCAUAGUAAAUUAUACCAUGCGAUUUAACUAAAAGGAAAGUCCCUUCAUGUGUUAAUAUAUCAAAUGUCAAUAAUAUGAUUUACUUAGAAAUCCUUUUUCCAUUUUAAUAAUGGUUUAUUUACUUUGCCUCUUUCUUGGACUAAAUUUAAACACAAACUUUAUUUUUUAUUUCAUUACUUUGAAUGAACAUAUUAUGACGUCACGAAAUGGCGCCGAACCCAUCCUAUUCUUAGUUAAAUCGCAUAGCAUCUUAUUUAAAUAUUAUAAUUAAAGUUAUUUACACAUUAAAAUACAUUUAGAAUUCAACGCGGAGAUUCAUAUGUUUGAAAUAUUUAAUUGACUUAAAGUAUUUAAAAAAUUCAAAACCAUAAUGAACUGUAUAAUACAACUUUAAAAAUUGAGAAAUACUAAAUGAUAAUGUCAAUUUAUGAUAAAUAGAGAUACUAGUAAGUCAUAGGUAUAUAUUUUUUUUAUUUAAAUUUUUGUAAAAUUUUUACCUCUACAGUACUUACAAUUUUCUUUUAAGCUACCUUCGAUUACAAAACCCUUAAAACUAUUGACAGUUGAGACAAGGAACAUAUUUUUUUAUAAUUUAAGGCUUAUUUUAAUAUUUUAAUGAAAUAUAACAAUUAUUAUAUAAUAAAUAAAUAAAAAUUAUUUGAUCUAAUUGAUACAGUGCUUACCUAGCAAGAUACAACUUAGAAGUUGAAGUUAGCUUCCUACUAAAUAUUAAACAUUACUAGACUACUGUUGGGAUAGAAAAGCCCAGAAAUCCCAUUAAAACAAGACAAUACUUUAAUGGAUAUUUACACGUAUAAGUAUUUAAUUUAUAAAAUUUCGAAAACAUUGUUCCUACUUAAACUUCACAGUAUAAGAUAUAAGAUAAUAUGUUUUUUUUAAAUACUAUUUCACAAUUAUUUAAUUAAAAGCAUAGACUUAGAAAUAUUUUUUUUUCUUGUAUAUAGCCCAUACACAAGGUAAGGAACUGAAGUGAAGGACUUCUUUGGAACAAUAAUAAAUUUUAGCAAUUAUAAAUUAUAUAUGUCUGAUAUUAUUUAAUUUUUUAAAGUGAUUUUGUUUGUAAAUGAACAAUUCACAAAAGAAUAUAUUUUAAUUGAAAUUAGACCUUAUUAUACAACAGGUUAAAAUGGUUAUUGAGAAAAUAACUUAAAAUUCGACCAAAUUUAUAAAUAUAAUAUAAGGUUCAAUGAAAUGAGCCGAGUUCAAAUAGUACCCUUUUCAUUGAUUUAAAAAUGGUCUAUGAUGUAGCUAAAUAUAUUCCUAAUUUGACAUUAAAAUGGCUAUCGAACAACGACUAAAACG